GCUACGAUAGUGCGAGUGUUGAAAUAAGUGAGGCUAAUAGCAUAAAUGAAAAUGUUUCAGCUGAUGAAAUCAAAAAUUACAUAAGUGGACGCUAUGUGGGAUCUACAGAAGCAGCAUGGCGUAUACUUGAAUAUGAAAUUCAUCAACAAUCUCAUACUAUUUAUCGCUUAGACAUACACUUACCCAAUAGGCAAACUGUAAUAUUCAGGGAAGGGCAAGAACAAAAUGCCAUUCAUAAUUUACGAAACACAAAGUUAUUAGCAUUCUUUGAAUUAAAUAGAGUCGACACCGAAGCUCAUCAGUAUCUUUAUACUGAAAUUCCUCAGCAUUAUAUAUGGAAUACUGCGGACAAAAAAUGGAAAAAAAGAACGCGAGGUGGCGAUAAGUGUUUUGAAGACUUAAAAACAUGUGAUAAUGUUAUUUAUAAUACGUUCGUCGAAGCGUGUCAUGCUCGUGGUAUUGCCUCUGACGAUAGUGAAUGGAAGCAGUGUUUAGAUGAAGCUAUGGAGUUCCAAUCGCCAAAACAAAUUAGGGAAUUAUUUGCGACAAUAUUUCAUUUGCCAGAAAAUCGCCCUGAAGAUACAUUCGAUCCAUUAGAAGAGCAAGGACUAUUUAUACAAUUGUAUGAAAAUGCCAAU